AUGGGUUGCAAACAAUGUAAAAUUUUCUUAACAAAACAUGAAAAUUAUAAAAGUAAUUCAACUAUUAUUGAACAAAAUUCUACUUCAAUUUCAAAUAAUGAACCAAUAACUAUUUUAUCGAAUAAAACUAAUCUAAAAAAUCACAAAACACAUAGACAAAUAAAAUUUACAACAAUAAAUUCUCAAUUAUUACCAACAUUAGAUAAUUUACCUGUUGAACUAAUCUAUCAUAUAUUUGAUCAACUGGACACUUAUACAAUUUUUACAUCUCUUUAUAAUGUUUGUAUUCGUCUUAAUUCAAUUAUUCAGAAAUAUGAUCAAUAUGAUCUAAAUUUAAAUUCAAUUUCAAUGUCCUAUUUUCAUCAUAUUUGUUCAUUAAUAAAUCCUGAACAAAUUAUAUCUUUAACAUUAUCUGAUGGAAAUAAUAAUGUUGGUUUAGUUGAACUUUUUCUAAAAAAAUUUCAUAUGGAAUCAUUUAAACGUCUUCAUUCUUUAACACUUGUAAAUAUUGAUGAUAAUGAACAAAUGACAAAAAUUAUUCUUUCAAUUACAGAUCAACUCGAAAUACUUUCAAUUAUAAAUUCAAAUGAAUAUUAUAAUGAUACUGUUAUUGAUGUUCUAAUGACAAGUAUUGGAAAAAAGUCUUUAUAUAAAAUUUAUUUAGAUAUUGAAAAAGAUCGUUUUUUAAAUUCAUCGAUUAUUUGGCCCGAUGAAUGUUUUUUAAAAGAAAUUAAUCUAAUUGGUAUUUGUAAUAUAACAUUAUUUCGAACUAUCCUUCUAUAUUCACCAAAUUUAAAAAAAUUUCAAGCAUAUGAUAUUGAUCUUGACGAUGAAUGGAUUGACGAGGAUGAUGAUGAUGAUGAGAUAGAACGACAUCAAAUGGUUCCAAUAUUGAAUGCUUCAAAUUUGAUCUCAUUAUCUUUAGUUUAUGCAAGAAAUGAAAUGGAAAAAGUCGAAUGGUUAUUACCACAAUUUACUCAAUUAAAAUAUUUAAAAUAUUUAAAUAUAUAUGAUUUUCAUAUUGAAUCAAUGUAUGAAAGUGAUUAUUCAUUACUUGAUGGUAAACGUUGGGAAAAAAUUAUAUAUAAUUGUAAUCAAUUUGAAUUUAUAUUUACUAUUCAUAUUGAUGAUGAAACUUGGAAUUUUCAUCAUCAUUUAACAAUAUUUCAAACAAAAUUUUGGCAAGAUAAAAAUUGGAAUAUUGCAUAUGAACAAUAUGAUAAAACUUUAUUAAUUUAUUCAUUACCAUAUGCUCAUGAUACUCAUUAUUAUGAUAGUUCAACAUUUUUUUCAAUACCAUAUAAUCCAUUUCUAUUAAAUAAAUCGUUACAAAAUGUUACAAAAUUACGUAUUAAUAUGACAGCAGUGAAUAAUUUAGAGCAACAAAUUAUUGGUCCUCCUCGUUUCUCUAAUGUUUUUCAUCUUAUACUCGAUGGACAAUGGCGAAAUCAAGAUAUAGUUGAUUCUAUUGGCUCACUUGUUUGUUUAUCUAAUAUAACUAAAUUAAUACGAUUAGAACGUGUACCAACAUUAAUCUUUCGUACAUUUAUUUAUCGUUUAACAAAUUUAAAAUCAUUAACAUUAACAACAUGUGUUCUUGAUAGUAUGAAUGCAGCUAUUUUACAGUAUUUAAAAUGUUUACAUUCAUUAAAUAUUGUACAAUUGGAUGAUAAUCUUUGUCAUUUUGUUAAUGUAGAACCAUUUUGUACAAUGUUUCCUCAAAUUGAACAUCUUGAUAUUCCAAUUGAUAAUGUUGAUAGUUGUCAAUACGUUAUUGAUCGAUUAGAAAAAUGUUUAAUUAGUAUUGUUUUUCGUUUUCCGAUUAAGGAAGAAGAAGAAGAAGAAAAUGAUGAUGAUGAUGAUAAUGAUAAAAGUAAUGAACUUAUUGAAUGGGCACAACAUAUACAACGAAAUCAUCAAUAUCGUAUACGUGAUGGUGAUAUUUAUUUAUGGUUUCGAUAA